AUGAGCGUGGCUCUGUAUGUGCCCACAGUGGCUCUUGUGCAGGAAGAAAAGGCUUCUCUUUUACAUCGCACUCAGGAAGAGAGAAGGAAGAGAGAGGAAGAAAGACGAAGAUUGAAAAAUGCAAUCGUUAUCCAGUCAUUUAUUCGAGGGUACAGAGACAGAAAACAGCAAUACUCCCUCCAGAGAAACGCCUUUGAUCGCGGUGUCAGCGCGGCACAGCUGGGCGGCACCGUCUCCCUUGCCAGCGGUCCCAGCCUUACUGUCCUGGCGAGGCAGCUUCUGUUCUUCUACAAGCAAAGUGAGGACUCAAAGCGUCUGAUAUGGCUGUACCAGAACUUAAUCAAACAUAGCUCUGUGUUUGUCAAGCAGCUGGACGGAUCUGAGAGACUGACGUGCCUGUUUCAGAUCAAGAGGCUGAUGGGCCUCUGCUGCAGGUUGCUGCAGAACUGUACUGAUGACAGUUUGAAUGUUGCUCUCCCGAUGCGGAUGCUUGAGGUGUUUUCCUCUGAGAACACUUACCUGCCUGUCCUGCAGGAUGCCAGCCACGUUGUGCCCAUCGUUGAACAAAUAUUGCACUACAUGAUUCACAGUGGGUAUUAUAGGUCUCUUUAUUUGUUGAUUAACAGCAAGCUUCCAUCAAGUAUUGAAUAUUCUGAUUUGUCUCGAGUUCCUAUAGCAAAAAUUUUGUUGGAGAAUGUCCUAAAACCAUUGCACUUUACGUACAGCUCCUGUUUAGAAGGUGCAAGGCAGCAAGUUUUCUCAGCCUUCACAGAAGAGUUUCUGGCAGCACCUUUCACAGAGCAGCUCCUUCACUUCGUCAUCCCGGCAUUAGCAGAUGUACAGACCGCUUUCCCUUACGCACCCUUUCUGAAUGCACUGUUGUUACUAGAGAGUAGAUGUUCAAACAGGAGUGCUGGAGCACCAUGGCUUUUCUAUUUUGUUUUAACUGUUGGCGAAAAUCAUUUGGGAACGCUCUCGGAGGAGGGCCUGCUGGUCUACCUGCACGUGCUCCAGACCUUCCUCUUGCAGCUGCCCGCGUCACCUGCUGGCACCAGCUCCCAUGACACUUCCAGUGACUCCGAGGAUGAGAGUGAGGAGGCCGGCCGGCCCACCACUCCAGGGGAUGGCCGGCUGUCCGCCCACUGCAUCACUGAGGAGUGUCUCAAGAAGCUGGACACGAAGCAGCAGACCAGCACCCUGCUGAACCUGGUGUGGCGGGACUCGGCCAGCGAGGAGGUCUUCACGCGGAUGGCCUCCAUCUGCCACACGCUGAUGGUGCAGCACCGCAUGAUGGUGCCCAAAGUCAGGCUCCUCUACAGUUUAGCCUUCAAUGCCAGGUUCCUGCGGCAUCUUUGGUUUCUUAUCUCUUCCAUGACCACGCGGAUGAUCACAGGGUCCGCGGUGCCACUGCUCCAGGUGCUGUCCCGGGGCUCGCCCAUGGCCUUUGAAGACUCGAGUCGAAUCAUCCCGCUCUUUUACCUCUUCAGCUCUCUCUUCAGCCAUUCACUGAUUUCCAUACAUGACAACGAAUUCUUUGGUGAUCCCAUAGAAGUUGCAGGUCAGAGACAAUCGUCCAUGAUGCCUUUCACGCUGGAGGAGCUGGUCAUGCUGUCUCGCUGCCUCCGUGACGCCUGCCUCGGGAUCAUCAAGCUGGCUUACCCAGAAACAAAGCCAGAGAUUCGGGAAGAGUACAGUGCUGCCUUCCGGAGCAUCGGCGCCCCGACCAGCUCCGAGAUGCAGCAGUGCGUUCAGAUGCAGCAGAAGCGCUGGGUUCAGUUGUUCAAGGUUAUCACCAACCUAGUGAAAAUGCUGAAGUCCAGAGACACCAGGAGAAGCUUCUGUCCUCCAAAUCACUGGCUGUCAGAGCAGGAAGACAUCAAGGCAGAUAAGGUCACCCAGCUGUACGUACCAGCGUCCAGACAUGUGUGGCGGUUCCGGCGGAUGGGCCGGAUCGGGCCGCUGCAGUCCACUCUGGAGGUGGGAGUGGAGUCACCGCCACUGUCGGUGUCCGAAGAGCGGCAGCUUGCCAUCCUGACAGAACUGCCCUUUGUGGUCCCAUUUGAGGAGCGAGUGAAGAUCUUUCAAAGGUUAAUUUAUGCCGAUAAGCAAGAAGUUCAAGGGGAUGGCCCAUUUCUGGAUGGCAUUAAUGUCACAAUAAGAAGAAACUAUAUUUAUGAAGACGCUUACGACAAACUCUCCCCAGAAAACGAGCCUGACUUGAAAAAGCGGAUCCGUGUGCACUUACUCAACGCCCAUGGCCUGGAUGAAGCUGGCAUCGAUGGUGGCGGUAUUUUCAGAGAAUUUUUAAACGAGCUCUUGAAGUCAGGAUUUAACCCCAACCAGGGGUUCUUUAAGACUACUAACGAAGGGCUUCUGUACCCCAGCCCUGCUGCUCAGAUGCUCGUGGGAGACUCUUUCACCAGGCAUUACUACUUCCUGGGCAGAAUGCUGGGAAAGGCUCUGUAUGAAAACAUGCUGGUGGAGCUGCCCUUCGCUGGCUUCUUCCUGUCUAAGCUGCUGGGAACCAGCGCAGACGUGGACAUCCACCACCUGGCCUCCCUGGACCCUGAGGUCUACCGGAACCUGCUGUUCCUCAAAAGCUAUGAGGGAGAUGUGGAGGAGCUUGGGCUGAACUUCACCGUGGUGAACAACGACUUGGGGGAGGCUCAGGUGGUUGAACUAAAAUUUGGUGGAAAAGAUAUCCCUGUGACCAGUGCCAACCGCAUCGCCUAUAUCCACCUGGUAGCUGACUACAGGCUGAACAAGCAGAUCCGCCCACACUGCCUGGCAUUCCGACAGGGCCUGGCCAAUGUCGUCAGCCUGGAGUGGCUGCGGAUGUUUGAUCAACAGGAAAUUCAGGUAUUAAUUUCUGGUGCACAAGUUCCCAUAAGUCUGGAGGACCUGAAAUCCUUUACAAAUUAUUCAGGAGGAUAUUCUGCUGAUCAUCCUGUCAUUAAAAUCUUCUGGAGAGUUGUAGAAGGUUUCACUGAUGAAGAAAAGCGCAAAUUGCUGAAGUUUGUAACAAGUUGCUCUCGGCCCCCGCUCUUGGGUUUUAAGGAGCUGUACCCCGCGUUCUGCAUUCACAAUGGGGGCUCUGACCUCGAGCGGCUGCCCACAGCCAGCACCUGUAUGAACCUGCUGAAGCUUCCCGAGUUCUACGAUGAGGCGCUCCUGCGCAGCAAGCUGCUCUACGCCAUUGAGUGCGCGGCGGGCUUCGAGCUGAGCUGAGCUGGGGGUGCCAGGCGCCCUGGACCGGCCAGACUGCCCGCGUGCCCCUGCACCCUCGGCUCCCCAGGCGCCCACCUCUUGCUGGCCUCCUGCCCCCAUCAUUUUUUAGGUGAUUUUUAUUCCACAUGGUCACAUACUUAGAUGAACACUGCUUUUCAGACAACUUAAGUAACUAUUGUUAUGUGCCAUGUGGCCGAUUAGUAAUUUGCCAAGAAGAGCACAGUUCGAGACCAGUGGCAACUCCAUGAAAUUAACCAAAGAUGAAGCUGUGGCCCUGCUGACCCGAGCGGUCCCCCGACUGCAGCCACGCGGCCCUCACCACAGCCUGCAGGAGUGUGUCGGCCAGUGCCACUCUGCUCUGCGCUAGUGGUUUGCAGGCCUGGCGGGUAGAGCUGGAGGCUCUUGUCCUGCUGCCUGUGCCCAAGCGGCUAGGUUUGGAAAGCAGGUAACACGGUGUCACUUUGUGCUUUUGGAGCCAUUUCCCGGGUGGGACUCGCAUGCUGUGUCCUCAUUUCGGCCUGCGUUGGGAGCGUGGACGUCGCUGUGUGGGGUGCUGUGGCGCUCUUGCUCGCUUGCUUGUCUGUCUCUCCCUGGAGAGCUUCUGGGAGGCAGAGGGGUCCCUGCCUCAUGUGUGCACGUCACCUGCAGUGAGUGGCAGCUGGGGAGAGCAGUUGCUGCAGCUUCUAUUAAAGUCAUUUGAACCAAAGUGGCAGGCUGCAUCUGUCCAUGAGCGCACACCCUUCUCGGUGGGCCGCACCGCCGCAUCCUGGGCUAACGCGUGGGCCGGGCCCUUGGCCCCUCUACCCCAAGCUGCUGCUUGGACACGAGCGAGGACAGUGUCCCUGGCACACUCAGGCUGGGAUGUUGGGGGACUGUCACGUAGGCACUUUAUUGAGACCCGACUUGUCGCAGGGCGACUUGGCUUCCACCAGCGGCCGGCGGGCAGG